AUGGACGUGCUCGGGCUGGGUGUUGCCAUCAUCUGCUUUUGCGCUUGCUUUGCGGUGGGCUGGUGGUUCCUGGAUCGGAGUCUCUAUAACCAUCUGGAGGAGAGGGACUAUCAUGUCCAGGCUCUGUGGUCAGUCGUGUUCGCCAUAUCAUGCAACUUCAUCAGCCUGGUGCUUUUCGAGAUUGUGAGCAUCAUGGACCCCGGGUUACGGCGGGUGGCUUGGUACUUGAACGUGUGGGGUAUGUUACUGCUACUGCUGUGUGUAUUGCCGUACUACCACAGCUACCGCCUGCUGGCUAGCGCGGGUUCGCUCCGCCGCGGUCAGGUGGCGGUUGGUGCGGCUCUCUUCUGGGCCGUAUUUAUGUACGGCUUCUGGCGGUUGGGCACCUACCUCCCAGGAGUCCCCCCCGCCACGGAGGGCGUGUUCCGGAUGAAGCAGGCGAUUAGCCGGGUUGGCGUUAUGGGCACGUGGAUGAUUGCCGUACUGUCCGGCUACGCCGCCGUCAGCUUUCCGUACUCGUACUUGUCGUUGUUCGUACGGCCUGUGGAGGCGUUUGAGAUCGUGGCGAUGGAGGAGCAAAGCCGACAGGUCGGGCCUUGGGGGGCCUGGAUUGGGUGUAUGUAUGUAUGUGUGGGACAGGGGGGCACUACUGGUAGAGCACGCACCAAUGCCCCCGGGAGAUCCCGGGGUCGAGACCAGUCAAGGUCGAAAAUCCUUCCGAUGGUGGAGGGUAAAGUGCCCCUAGUCGAUGGACGGACUCUGUCAGUGGAGUUGGCGGAGUUGCGUUCGGAGCGGGCCAGGGCACUAGAGAGUCGUACAUUGGCGGGGCACUGCAAGAACGCGCUAGGGUACGCCAUGUCGUUGUACUGCUUCUACAAGAUGUACACGAGUCUGAAGGCCCUGGUGUUCGGCGAGGACCUGGUCAGCGACACGGUGGGCUCCGCGCUGAGUUUCGGGCUGCGUUGGGUGACCCACGGGUCGGUGGUGGUGGACGUGCAGCUGCUGUCGCAGUACCUCACCCUGGUCUUCAUUGGCGGUAUCAGCGCGAUGAGUCUGAGGGGCUUCCUCAAGAACCUGAGGAAGCUAUUUUCCUUCGUCCGUGGCGCCGGCACCGCCAGCAGCUUGGUCCUCCUGCUGACGGAGGUCACGGGCUUCUAUGCCGUAUCGUCGCUGCUGCUUGUACGGAAGAAUGUACCGCUGGAGUACAGGGGGGGUAUGGAUGCGGCCAUGGGGGGGCAACUGGACUUCCAGUUCUUCCACAGGUGGUUCAACGGACUCUUCCUCGCAAGCGCAUUGCUGACGCUACUGCUGCUGUACGGACAGUACCAGGCCCACAAGUACGACCCUUUGGAGCUACUGCCAACUACUACCAACAACCACCUGUACUACAAGGGCCGUAACUCGUCACGGUGA